GAAUAGCUUCUGGCCCUCAGAGGAGGAGCAAGCCUUUUGCCAGGAAACCUACAAGAGGGGCCGGAGUUGACUUUGAGCUUGAGGGACAAUGAAGGUCAGAACAGGCCAGGCACUGGGCACCAUCCCCAGGCAGUGCAAAGCUCUCCUUCUGUUGCUGCUGUUGGGCCUCGUAGAUGGUGUCCAGCAUGUACUUCCCCCAGGCUCAGCAGGAAGGAGCAGAGCCAUGGGCCCUGGAGCUUCCGCGGGAAGCAGCAGGCCUAGACUGUGGACCCUGCCAGGCCGGUUCCUGUUCCAGACCAUCCCACGGGCAACAGGCCCCAGGUGCUGGCCCCAUGGGUUUCCGUCUGAGCACCAGUCAUGGCAUGUCUUUGGUAGAGGGACCCAACUCACAGUCCUGGGUCAGCCCAAGUCUGACCCCUUGGUCACUCUGUUCCUGCCUUCCCUGAAGGAUCUCCAGCCCAAGAAGGCCACACUAGUGUGUCUGGUGAGUGAAUUCUACCCAGGUACUUUGGUGGUGAACUGGAAAGUAGAUGGAAUCCCUGUCACACAGGGUGUAGAGACAACCCAACCUACCAAACAGACUAACAACAAGUACAUGGCCAGCAGCUACCUGACGCUGACAUCUCACCAGUGGACACCUCACAGCAGAUACAGCUGCCAGGUCGCUCAUGAAGGGAGCACUGUGGAGAAGAGCGUGUCACCUGUUGAGUGUUCUUAGACUGCGAUCCUCCCUGAAGCCUCAGGGGCCUGGAUCUGAAGGGCCAGAAAAGGUCUUUUUUUUUUUUAUUUUUUUAAAAAAAAACUA